AGCCCUCUGUUUUCAAGUGAGAGCCGUCAGAAGGUGGGCGCGUGCUUCCCUCGGCGAGGCUUCGGGAACUUUGAACAGAUUUUUCCUUUUAAAAAAAAAAAAAAAAAAAAAAAAAAAAACUGUGUGAAACAGUGUAAAACCAGUUGAGACAUGUCGCUAUACAGGAACGCGGUGUGGUUCGUCAAGGGGCUGCAGGAGUACACGAGGGCCGGGUACGAGGCCGCGGCCAAGCAUUUUGUGGCCGGAGAUCUGGACGCGAACCUGAGCGGCCGGUCCUUCGUGAUCACAGGAGCCAACAGCGGCAUCGGGAAGGCAACCGCCUGCGAGGUGGCCGGGAGAGGGGGCACCGUUCACAUGGUGUGCAGGAACAAGGACCGGGCCGAGGCAGCGAGGAAAGACAUCGUAGAGCAAACGGGAAAUGAGAAUGUCCACGUCCACCUGGUGGACAUGUCCAGCCCCAGGCAGGUGUGGGAGUUUGCAGAGAACUUCAAGAAGAACAACAGCUUGCACGUGUUGGUCAACAACGCCGGGUGCAUGGUGAACCAGAGGGAACUGCAGGAGGAUGGACUGGAGAAGAACUUUGCCACCAACACGCUGGGCACGUUCAUCCUGACCACGGCGCUGAUCCCGGCACUGAAGAAGUCACAUGACCCUCGAGUGAUUACCGUGUCCUCAGGGGGGAUGCUGGUUCAGAGGCUGAAUGUUGGCGACCUCCAGUUCGAGAAGGGCACCUUCGACGGCACCAUGGCUUACGCCCAGAACAAGAGGCAGCAAGUGAUCCUCACAGAGCUCUGGGCUGCGGAACACAAAGACAUCCACUUUUCCUCCAUGCACCCAGGCUGGGCGGACACACCAGCGGUGCGGUCCUCUAUGCCCGACUUCCAUGCCAGGAUGAAGAAUAAGCUGCGAAGCGAGGCCCAAGGUGCCGACACCAUCGUGUGGCUCGCAGUGUCAGAGGGCGCCGUCAAGCUGCCCAGCGGCCUCUUCUUCCAGGAUCGGAAACCAGUGUCCACCCACCUGCCGUUAGCCUCCACCAGGGCCUCCAAAGCUGAAGAGGAACAGCUGAAGGCAGCGCUGGAGGAGCUUGCCAACCAGUUCCGACCCUGAUGUGUCCUUGACCCUCAAGAGUCAUGGGUAACGGUCAAGAUAGUCCCUCACUGGUCACCCCUACUCUAAAGAACUUACUCCACAAGAGGUUGUUGCUUUUAUAUAUUUUAAAUAACUGUUAAAAUUGUAAAUUAGAGUGAAGAUGGCCAUAAAUGUCCAAAUGAGUUUGAGGGCUUUUGUCCAUUUCUCUAUUUUUUUUAAGCUCAGCUAAAUUGAAUGUAUCUGGGAUUCAUCAGAGCUUCAGCGCUGCACGAAGAGUACAUGACCAAUAUGGGUAUUUCUCUGAUCGACCAAUUUUUUUAAAAACAUGCAUUUGUAUGUUUGUUCAUAGUGUAAUAAGUAUCUAUACAUGC